AUCAUUUGGGGCUGCCCCUCUGCUAGCUGCAGCUGGAGGCAGAGCCUUUAACUUGGGACCUGCCAUCAGGGAGAACGCUUGGAUGCCCAGGGAUCCAGGUAGCAGCUAGCACACUUACAGCAGGGGCUUGGUCUUCCCCUUCGCCAUUCCCAGUGGAAGCAUCAUGCCAAGAUGUCCCACUCUGCCCUCCAACUACAACCAGGGCCACUGUGGACGGUGGUCAGCAGCCUGGACCUUCCUGAGGAAGAUGCCGAUCAUCCUGUGGUUGCUGCUGUUGAACACCUCCCUGACUGCUGUGAGGGGCCAGACCAGAAUUCCUCUGGAAACAGUGAAGUUCUGGGCCGACACCUUCGGCAGGAAUCUGUACGACACGGUGACCAGAUACUCAGGCUCGCUCUUGCUGCAGAAGAAGUACAAGGACGCAGAAUCCAGUCUGAAGAUCAAAGAGGUGGAUGGCUUAGAGCUGGUGAAGAAGUUCUCAGAGGACAUGGAGACUAUGCUCAGGAGGAAAGUCGAGGCCGUUAAGAGCCUGGUGGAGGCCGCUGAGGAGGCCGACCUGAAUCAUGAGUACAAUGCUUCUCUGGUGUUUAACUACUACAACUCGGUGCUAAUCAAUGAGAAGGACGAGAAGGGCAACUACGUGGAGCUGGGAGACGAGUUUCUUCUUGAACCCGACGCACACUUCAGCAACCAGAGGGUGAACAUCUCCCUGAGCAGUGUGCAGCUACCUACCAACGUGUACAACAAAGAUCCAGACAUCUUAAAUGGAGUCUACAUGUCCGAGGCCCUGAACCCUGUGUUUGUGGAGAACUUCCAGAGAGACCCUACACUGACCUGGCAGUAUUUUGGCAGUUCAACUGGGUUCUUCAGGAUCUACCCAGGAAUCAAGUGGAAGCCCGAUGAAAAUGGAGUCAUUGCCUUCGACUGCAGAAACCGUGGCUGGUACAUCCAAGCAGCCACCUCUCCCAAGGACAUAGUGAUCCUAGUGGACGUGAGCGGCAGCAUGAAGGGGCUGAGGAUGGCCAUCGCGAAACACACCAUCACCACCAUUUUGGACACCCUGGGGGAAAACGACUUCGUGAAUAUCAUUGCGUACAAUGACUACGUCCACUACAUUGAGCCCUGCUUCAAAGGCAUCCUCGUCCAGGCAGACCGAGACAACCGAGAGCAUUUCAAGCAGUUGGUGGAUGAACUGAUGGUCAAAGGCGUGGGUGUUGUGAGUCAGGCCCUAAUCGAGGCUUUCCAGAUCCUGAAUCAGUUUCAAGAGUCCAGACGAGGAAGUCUCUGUAACCAGGCCAUUAUGCUUAUCACCGACGGAGCCGUGGAAGACUAUGAGCCCGUGUUUGAGAAAUAUAACUGGCCAGACCGCAAGGUCCGAGUUUUCACUUACCUUAUUGGAAGAGAAGUGACGUUUGCCGACCGCAUGAAGUGGAUCGCCUGCAACAACAAAGGCUACUACACACAGAUCUCCACACUGGCCGAUGCCCAGGAGAACGUGAUGGAGUACCUGCAUGUGCUCAGCCGUCCCAUGGUCAUCAACCACGAUCAUGACAUCAUCUGGACAGAGGCAUAUAUGGACAGCAGGCUCUUCACCUCAGAGGCACAAAGCCUGGUGCUCCUGACCACGGUGGCCAUGCCAGUCUUCAGUAAAAAGAAUGAGACGAGAUCCCAUGGCAUUCUCCUGGGCGUAGUAGGCUCUGACGUGACCCUAAGAGAACUCAUGAAGCUGGCACCCCGAUACAAGCUUGGGGUACAUGGAUAUGCCUUUUUGAACACUAACAAUGGCUACAUCCUCUCUCAUCCUGACCUCCGACCUUUGUACAGAGACGGCAAGAAGGUGAGACCCAAACCCAACUACAACAGCGUGGACCUCUCGGAAGUGGAGUGGGAGGACCAAGCGGAAACCCUGAGAACUGCCAUGAUCAACGGGGAGACGGGUUCUCACUCCAUGGACGUGAAAGUGCCACUGGACAAAGGGAAGCGGGUUCUGUUCCUGACCAAUGACUACUUCUUCACGGACAUCAGUGACACACCUUUCAGCUUGGGAGUGGUGCUGACCAGAGGCCAUGGAGAAUACAUCCUCCUGGGAAACACGUCUGUGGAGGAAGGCCUGCAUGACUUGCUUCAUCCGGAUCUGACCCUGGCCAGUGACUGGAUCUACUGCAUCACCGAUAUCGACCCAGACCACCGGAAACUCAGUCAGUUGGAAGCUGUGGUCCGCUUCCUGACAGGGAUGGAUCCAGGCCUGGAGUGUGAUGAGGAGCUGAUACGGGAGGUGCUGUUUGACGCAGUGGUGACAGCCCCCAUGGAAGCCUACUGGACAGCACUGGCACUCAACAUCUCUGAAGCAACAGAGCCUGGAGUGGAUGUGGCCUUUCUGGGGACCCGGGCUGGUCUCCUAAGACGAAGUCUGUUUGUGGGCUCCGAGAAAAUCUCUGAUAGGAAGUUCCUGACACCCGAAGACGAAGCCAGUCUUUUUACCAUGGACCACUUCCCGCUGUGGUAUCGGCAGGCCUCUGAGCAGCCCCCAGGCAGUUUUGUCUUCAAUCUCCGCUGGGAAGAGGGACCAGAUAGCCCAGGCAAGCCAGUGGCGGUAAGGGCCAGCACUGCGGUAACUGUGACGGUGGAUGGGAAGACGGCCAUUGCGGCAGGUGUGGGCGUCCAGAUGCAAGUGGACUACAUCCAGCGCCAGUUCUGGGCGGCCAUGAAGCAGUGCAGCGCUGUGGAGGGUCCGUGCCUGAAGAGCUGCGAGGACACUGAUCUGGAUUGCUUCCUUAUAGACAACAAUGGCUUCAUUCUGAUUUCCCAGAGACCCCAUGAGAUGGGAAGAUUUCUGGGGGAAGUGGAUGGAGCUCUCAUGGCGCAGCUUCUCAGCAUGGGGGUGUUCAGCCGUGUGACCAUGUAUGACUACCAGGCCAUGUGCGAGCCCCCAGAUCACCGGCACAGUGCAGCCCAGGCCCUGAUCAGUCCUCUCUCUGCCUCCUUGAUGGUGGUCAGGUGGUUACUGCAUGAAUGUCUGCUGUUCCUGCUACAGUGGAGUACCUGGGGAUCUUGGCAUGACAAAGGGUCAGAGGCCAAAGCUGUCUUUCAUCAUUCCCACAAGCACAAGAAGCACGACCUGCUGCACCCCUGUGACACAGAAUACCCAGUGUUUGUGCACCAGACAUCUAUCCAGGAGGCCAAUGGGAUCAUCGAGUGUGAGGCCUGCCAGAAGACAUUCGUGAUGCAACAGAUUCCCAGCAGCAACCUGCUCCUCCUCGUGACAGACCUUGCCUGUGACUGCAGUGCCUACUCUCCCAUCCUCCAGAAGGCCACAGAAGUCAAAUAUAAUGCCUCUGUCAAAUGUGACAGGAUGCGCUCCCAGAAACCCCGGCGGCGACCAGGAUCCUGUCAUGCCUUCCAUCCAGAGGAGAACGCUCAGGACUGUGGUGGCGCUUCAGACAUCGCAAUUUCAUUCCCUCUGCUCCUGCUACCGCUGUGGGCCUGGCUGCUUCCACCCCAGCUUCUGUGGUGACCCCAUUCCAUCUGACUUUCACAGAAGGGAACCCUUUAGAGACAUUCUAAAAAGUCACUAGCUGGUGAGGUCUCAGCUUCUUAGCAGUAAGGUGUCUCCUGGGCUACCACCAGUCUCUGCCUCUUAGAGACUGUUGGAAGGAUCCCCAAGGCUUUCUCCAAGGUGUUGGGACCAGGUACUCCAAGUCUUCUCUUGUCUCUGCUUCAGGACUCCCAACAAGAGCUUAACUGGAGGAAGGAUAAAAGUUACCAAAGAUCAGAAACAGUCAAAGGGGCAGGUGUUUCCCUGAGUUCUGGGGCCAGGGCUGAGCAGUGAGACCCAUGCAGAGGCUAUGCCUAGAGCACACUUGCCGUCAACACCGGAGUGUUUAGGAAGACGCCUUCAUCCACUACAGACAGCACGAGGGAGGGUAGGCAGAGGGAGAGACAAGAAGACUCAGAGAAGGAGCAGGAAGGAGGAAAGAAAUGGAAAUAAAAUCCUGUGAGCUAUCAUCAGAAUGCCCCGCACUGAGGAACUCCAACCUUUUUACACCAAUAGUCUGAAGAGAAGGGGGAGGGGUGUAUGGGAGCAUCUGGAGGGAGGAAAGGGGAGACAUGUUGAAAUUAUAAUCUCAAAAAGGAAAAAAGAAAAAGAAAAGCUACCAGGCUGUGACCUGCAGCUGCAGCGCUGUGUAACAGUGUGGUCCAGAGGAGGAGCUACAAAAGGCAGAGCCAGGUCAGGAUCCUCACUAAGGUCAGGGGCACGUACAGUCUCCAAGACCAUGGUGGGCUUUCUGUGGCUCGUGUUCUACAAAAGUAACUAACUACCUGUCUGGUGAAAGCCCUUGAGGUUAGAAACAACACAUAUAAUCCUUGCCACCAUGCCUUGAAGUAGGUACUACAAUUUACCUGCCCUUUUUUUUUAGCAUGUGUGAUGUAUGUGACUGGUGUGUUUGUGGAUCUGUUUGUGGACCAUGUGUGAUGUAUGUGACUGGUGUGUUUGUGGACCUGUUUGUGCAGAGGCAGAGGCCAGAGGAUGCUGUUGGUCAUCUUCCUCACCCACUCCCUACCUUAUUUUUUGAGAUAAGAUCUCUCUCUAAACCUGGGCCCUCCAAUUCAGCCACAUUAGGUGGCCAGCAAGUCCUAGGGAUCCUUCUGUUACCACCUCCCCCAGUGCUGGGAUUACAAGCAUGCCCACUAUUCCCCCACUGUUUCAAGGAUGUGGGGGAAUCUAACUUGGGUCCCAAGUCCUGCUUCAGGACUUCACUAGCUAAGCCUCUCAAGCCCCAUGAUUUCCUCUCUUUUAAAUGAGGAAACUAAUCCCCACAAAGUGGCACACACAUCUUUAGUCCUAGGACUCAAGAGGCAGAGGCAGGCAAAUCUCUUAAUUUGAGGUCAGUCUGGUCUACAAAGUGAGUUCCAGAACACCCAGAGCUACGCAGGGAAACCCUGUCUUGAAAUAAAUAAAGUAAAAAGGGGAAACUAAAGUUUGCAGAGGGGAAACUGGUUCUAAAUCUUGGCUCUGUGAAGAUCCCGUGUAACAGGCAACAUACCUAGAGCUGCCAACCCACAGCAGCAGGCAAUGGGCAGACUAAGCACUCCCCCACCCCCCUUAGCAUCUUGCUUCACAGCUUAGAAGGCAGGAAAGAUCAGAGGUACUGCCCAGCCCAGAAGAGGUACAAAGCAUCGCAGCUGAGCUUCCUCUUCCAUGCCACCAAGACAGUG